GUUCUGUCAAAGUAGGUAGACUGUUUACGUUUUGUACUAUCAUUAUUUUGCGAUCGGUUUUAACAACUUUUGUUGUGUCCUAUUGUUUUUAUACAGUGGCUUUUGUAUCGAAUUUUAAUGGUGAAAUACGUACGUAAGUUCCGCUGAUUUUCUUUGAACAAUGUCGUAUGUCAAGAGGUGAAUAUUAGUGUAAAAACGUGUGAGUGACAGUUUUAUUUUGUUUGGGAUUCAGUGGCUAUAAACAAAACGAUCUAUUGGGUGUGGUUGUACGUUGCGUGCCAGUCUUUCAGCCAGGGUAACAGUGGGAUGACCCAGUACCCGAAUCGCCCAAGAAAGACGCAACUGCUAAUGCAUUGUAGUUUGUGAUAAAGUUACCACGGAUAUCGUACCGUGUAACGUGCUGUUAUCGGACUGCUUUUCUGUCGUCACCGCGUCGCGGACGUGUCGUUGUGCGGUCGCGACCGAUGCGGGGUUGUGAGGGUGCGUGACGAGUGCAUCUGUCAUGGUGACGUCAUGGUGCGCGCUGGCGUUGCUGGCGGCACUGCACAUGUGCCAGGGGGCUCGUGACACGGUCUACCACAAUCACUUCGCGGUUCACGUGCCUUCUGGACCGGAACACGUGGAUGACAUCGUGAGGAGGCACGGAUACAUCAAUCACGGACAGAUUGGUUCAUUGAAAAAUUACUAUUUAUUGUCACAUCACGAAGUACAUAAGCGAUCGACGCAGCCGAGUCACGAGCACCAUAGUAAAUUAAGGGACGAACCACAGGUAGCGUGGUUCGAACAACAACAUGAGAAACGUCGCUUCAAGCGCGAUUAUAACGCCUACGAUAGGGCGUCUUUCGGUCAACUGCCGCGGCGUACGUCACCUCACCGAGCGCACAAUAGAGCGCUGUCCUCACAGCCCUACUUCACCGAUCCGUUAUAUAAGGAACAAUGGUAUUUGAAUGGCGGUGCUAAAGAUGGACUUGACAUGAACGUGGCGCCAGCAUGGCAAAAGGGAUAUACAGGCAAGGGCGUUGUAGUGUCAAUAUUAGAUGACGGAAUACAAACAAACCAUCCAGAUUUAGCACAGAAUUACGAUCCUCUAGCAUCGACGGACAUAAACGGCAACGAUGACGACCCUAUGCCCCAGGACAAUGGCGACAAUAAACACGGCACAAGGUGUGCAGGCGAAGUCGCAGCCGUCGCUUACAAUCGCUACUGUGGUGUGGGUAUUGCCUACAACGCCAGCAUAGGAGGAGUUAGGAUGUUAGAUGGAAUUGUCAAUGAUGCAGUAGAAGCAAGAGCGUUGGGAUUGAAUCCAGAUCAUAUUGACAUCUAUAGCGCUUCCUGGGGACCGGAAGACGAUGGCAAAACAGUUGACGGUCCUGGACCUUUGGCCAGAAGAGCAUUUAUAUAUGGUGUUACGAGCGGUCGUCGUGGCAAAGGCUCUAUCUUUGUCUGGGCUUCCGGUAACGGCGGAAGGCACACCGAUUCAUGUAACUGUGACGGCUACACAAACAGCAUAUUUACUCUAUCGAUAUCUAGUGCAACACAAGGAGGCUACAAACCUUGGUAUCUCGAAGAAUGUUCUUCCACUUUAGCUACCACUUACAGUUCGGGUACUCCGGGUCACGACAAAAGUGUGGCGACUGUUGAUAUGGACGGUAGACUGAGGGCUGACCACAUUUGUACAGUAGAACACACGGGAACUUCAGCUUCUGCACCAUUAGCAGCUGGAAUAUGUGCUUUAGCUCUUGAAGCAAAUCCUGAAUUAACAUGGAGAGAUAUGCAAUAUCUGGUUGUAAUGACGUCUAGGCCUGAACCGUUAGAAAGAGAAAAGGGUUGGAUCAUCAAUGGAGUCAAGAGGAAAGUUAGUCACAAAUUCGGAUACGGUCUUAUGGAUGCCACGGAAAUGGUAAAUUUGGCCGAGCAGUGGGUAACGGUUCCACCUCAACAUAUCUGUAAAUCGCAGGAGUUGAACGAAGACAAGUCGAUGGACUCUACUUUGGGCAAUUCAUUAAGGACAUAUAUGGAUGUAACUGGAUGCAGUGGUACGGUGAAUGAAGUGCGUUACCUAGAACAUGUCCAAUGUAAAAUAUCGUUGAGGUUCUUCCCCCGUGGUAACCUGCGUAUAUUAUUAACUUCACCAAUGGGUACUGUAUCAACAUUAUUGUUCGAACGACCUCGUGACGUGGCUAGUUCUACCUUCGACGAUUGGCCAUUUUUGAGCGUUCAUUUUUGGGGAGAACAAGCAGAAGGUAGAUGGACAUUAGAAAUAAUAAACGCCGGCAAAAGGCACGUGAACCAGGCGGGCGUUCUCAAGAAAUGGCAGCUGAUAUUCUACGGAACUGUCAUAGAUCCCGUUCGGUUACGAUCAAAGAGACCGUCGCCAUUUGCACCGUCAUACGCAUUUCCAACGGCAGCGGAUGGCUACGACACAAUCAGUGAUUCUUUUUACAAUACUGACGCGUUUGCUAAUUACCAGAACUUUCCAAAUUUAUUCGCCGCUGGGUCCAACCCGGAAAAGGCGGUAGCCCGUCUCGACGGACAUAACGUCCCUUCACCGCAUGGGGAAAAUGUCCUCGCCGAUAGUAAUGACAAGCGCGUCAUGCACGACUGUGAUCCCGAAUGCGAUUCUCAAGGAUGCUACGGAAAAGGACCGUCCCAAUGUGUGGCUUGUAAACAUUACCGUUUAGAUGACACGUGCGUUUCUCGUUGCCCACCGAGAAGCUAUGCCAAUCAAGGGGGAGUUUGUUGGCAAUGUCACGAAUCGUGUGAAACUUGCAUGGGACCGGGGCAAGAUUCAUGUUUCACAUGUGCUCCGGCUCAUUUUUUAGUGGCAGAUUUGGCUGUUUGCCUACAACAAUGUCCUGAUGGAUAUUGGGAGGACACAGAUUCUGCAACUUGUCGGCCUUGUGCAGCUCAUUGUGCGACUUGUUCGGAAAGAGCGAAUGCGUGCACGUCGUGUGAACAUCACCUACUCCUGCACGAGGGCAGCUGUCUGGUCACAUGUCCGGCAGCGCACUACGAAACCGACGAUUACACUUGCGCCAAAUGCCACAAUUCGUGUGACACAUGCGUUGGACCAAAGGAAAACCAAUGCAUAACUUGUCACACUACAAAUUACGUGUUAGAUGGUAGCUGUGUGGCGACAUGUCCAGGCGGAUAUUACGUGGACAAAAAAAGGAAGGAAUGCGUGAGGUGUCCAGUUGGAUGUGCGACUUGCACAAGCGCUUUCUGUCUCACAUGCGAAACAAAUUGGGAAAUAAAUAAGAAGGGGAGAUGUCUCCCAGCUGGAUCUGAUCGAUGUUCGACCGGACAAUUCAUAGAUAAACUCGGCUGUAGCAGAUGUGACGACGCUUGUGAAUCGUGCUAUGGAGAGGGCGAAGGACACUGUCUAACUUGUCCAUCGCCUAAUUUGCUAGAAGAUUACAGAUGCGUCCCGGAAUGUAGCAGCGGAUAUUACGCGGAGGCCGGUCGGUGCAUUCGCUGCGUGCACGGUUGUACUGAAUGCGUUUCAAGACUCAACUGUACCAGCUGUGCUGGGUCCCUGAGACUGCAGUCUGGAGCUUGCAGGACUUCAUGCGCUGAUGGGUACUACGCUGAUCGCGGCGCCUGUUCCAAGUGCUAUUUAUCUUGCCGGACAUGUAUUGGGCCCCGUCGCGAUCAGUGCGCGUCCUGCCCUCAGGGUUGGAGGCUAGCCGCUGGAGAAUGUCACCCCGAAUGUCCUCAAGGAUUCUACAAAAGCGACGACGGCUGCCGUCAUUGUCACCACUACUGCCGGGAGUGCUCGGACUCCGGUCCGCUACACUGCACGUCGUGUCCGCCUCGUUUCGUGUUAGACGGCGGGCUUUGUAUGGAGUGCCUCGGCUCUCAGUACUACGAGGCGGGCAAUGGAACGUGCAGCACGUGCGAUCCGUCGUGUCGCACCUGCUACGGUUCGGGACAGUUCAGUUGUACAGGAUGCUCCAGGCCGCUGAGGCUCGAUAGAUUAAACAAUCAGUGCGUUCCGUGUUGUACGGACAGGGGGACGACGACCUCGCCCGGGACCGAAUGCUGCCAUUGUCAUCCCGAAACUGGUGAAUGCAUUAACUCAUCGGUGGCGGGAAAACGUCGUAUAGCCGAGUGGGGCGCUCUGCACACAGUGGAGAACGCUCGCAGUACGUCAGCUCCCAGCGCCGCCGCGAUAACCGUCAUGGUGUGUCUGUCCGCCGGUGCACUGUUCUUUGUCGUGCUGAUGAUACUACAGUGGCGUUCACCGCGCGACAAGCGAACACGAACCCGCGGGCUCGUCUACUCCCCCCUCGCCUACAACGACGACGGCAAGGUUGUCGUCCUUGCUCCGCAUACUGCGUUCCCCUCAAGCGAGAGCAGGACGGAGGAACUACACGAGCACGAAGACGAACCGUUGCUCGAACAUUCCACAUAGCGCGCGCUGUGAUCGUAGAGAGUAAGUCUUAGGUGGAAUUUGAAAAAAAUAAAAAAAUAAAGCGUUCCAUAAAUUUAAAAAUCUUAGGUUCGUUUGAAUAUUUUAAAUUUUAUUUAGAACUAGCGACCCGCUUCGCU